UCAUUUCUUCUCUUCUCUUACUCGUGCUAUAUUUUAGGUCUCGGAAAAUGAAGCUAGAAGAAGUGAACUGUUGUCAGAUUCAAGAAUGGUAUCCAAAUUUUAAAUCUGUCUCUAUAAAGACCGUUAUCCAUGAACUCCAAGAAUCCUUUAUUCAGUAUCUGGUUGAAGAUUUUGGCGCCUUUUUGCUUCCCACGUCUGUGUCAAAUGAGAAUGGCAUGCCCAAUAGGAUUCAUAAACCUGAAGAUGAGGAGGACUACCAAGUGUUAGAAAGAUCUGAAGAUGAAUCAGAGUACCCAUCACCACCCCCUUCUUUCCAGGAACUUGAAUUGAAGCUCAAAGAAUCAAUUGAAUCCCUUGGUGGUACUGUCUUUCCCAAGCUAAAUUGGAGUUCGCCCAAAGAUACUGCUUGGAUCAGCUCCACUGGAACACUUAAAUGCACAUCUUUUAGUGAGAUAUCUCUCUUACUCAAAUCCUCUGAUUCAGUGAUCCAUGAUUUGCGUCAUCCAUAUGAUUCAUGCAGUGAUAAGACUUUGUCGAGACCACCUCAUUUCUACCUUGCCCUGCGCAAAUGGUACCCCUCUUUGAGACCAGAAAUGGAGUUUCAUUGUUUUUUUCUGUGCUCACUACUUGUUGGAAUUUCUCAACGUGAAGUAACUGCUUUUUAUUGA